CUUCCUUCCCGUCCAUCAUCCUCCACGGUCCCUUCAAUAUCCCACCUUGAAAGCGUGGGAUUCCCUUCAAUCUCACCCAUCUGAUUGGCUGAGACCACCUCCCACUCUGACUUCUUUGUCACUUUCACCUCCAACUCAUCCCACGCCGGACACCAGAUUCCAUCACUCUUCCACUCCUCCUCCCACGCGCUCCGGACCGCUACGACAAGCCAUGGCGCCUCCCGCCGCGACCAUUGAUGUGCACUAUUUGGGGGCCGAGACCGACACUCAACCUUACACCAUCCCCGAUCGCUUGACCCUUCAGACCGUCGCCAAACGUCGUGCAGCAUCGGGCAAGCUCAUUGCGGGAGUGGCUGCCACGGCGGAUUUGGACACGUUCAAAGGGAGAACCAGUCACUCGCACAAAGACUUGGCCAAACGUUGGGAUCAUCGCCUGACCCAUGAAACUCUGUCCCGCGGAGGUAGCUCCUUGAAGCUCGCUGCCGUGCACCUCAAGAACCCUGGAAUCAUCUCACUCGGAGGCGGCCUUCCCUCUCCCGAAUACUUCCCUUUCCACGAGAUCAAUGUCAAAAUUCCGAGAGUGGCAACCCCACACGGCGAACUCAAUGGCCACGCCGCCGAUGCAGUCCUCCACGCGGAGAUGCACGACAUGCGGGAGGGCAAGUCCGGCUUCGACCUGGCCACCGCAUUGAACUAUGGUCAGGGUCACGGUGCGCCUCAACUACUGAGAUGGCUCGUGGAGCACACCGAACUGGUUCACAACCCUCCAUAUCAAGACUGGAGCUGUACCAUGACUGUCGGCUCCACCAUGGCCUGGGAUAUGACUCUCCGCAUGAUGACCAAACCGGGAGACUGGAUCAUCAGUGAGGAGUACACCUUUCCUGCUGCGAUUGAGACCGCAGCUCCCAUGGGCGUCAAGUGCGCAGCUGUGUCGAUGGAUCGUGGUGGUAUGAUCGCUUCCUCCCUCGACGACGUGCUCACCAAUUGGGACGCAAAGGCACGCGGAGGUCCCAAGCCAUUUCUCCUCUACACCGUUCCGACCGGCCAGAAUCCCACCGGGUCUACACAAAGCAUCGAGCGUCGACGAGAAAUUUACGCCGUUGCCCAAAAGCACGACCUCUACAUCUUCGAGGACGAACCGUACUACUUCCUCCAAAUGCAGCCCUACACCGGCGCCGACUCCCCGGACCCACCUCAACUAUCCUCCUACUCCGACUUUCUCAAAUCCGUCGUCCCAUCAUACCUCUCCAUCGACAUCGACGGCCGCGUCAUGCGCGCCGACUCCUUUUCCAAAAUCCUCGCUCCCGGCUCCCGCGUCGGCUGGAUCACCGCCUCCGAACAAAUCUGCAACCGCUUCCGCACUCACGCCGACGUCUGCACGCAAGGACCAUCCGGCUUCUCCCAACUCAUCCUCUUCAAGCUUCUCGACGAAACAUGGGGGCAUUCCGGCUACCUCGACUGGCUGAUUCACAUGCGCAAGGAAUACACCACCCGCCGCAACGUCAUGCUCGCCGCGUGUGAACGCUACCUACCUCGGGACAUCGUCUCGUGGGUGCCUCCCAUGUCGGGCAUGUUCCACUGGCUGCAGGUCGAUUGGUCGCAACACCCGGACGCGGCGACCAAGUCGUUGGAUGUGUUGGAGGAGGAGAUUUUCUUGGCCAUUAUCAACCAUGGCACGCUGUUGAUGAAGGGAUCGUGGUUCUGCGCUGAUCGCGAGACGCCGAGGGAGACGAUGUUUUUCCGCGCAACGUAUGCUGCGGCCGAGUUUGAUAAGAUUGAGGAGGCGAUUAGGAGGUUUGGUGAGGCGAUUAGAGAGGCGUUUGGGAGGACGGCUGGUGGGGAGGGGAAGCUGGUGAAGAAGAAUGGUAAUGGCUGUUUGUGA